CAGCAUGAAGGCGCUCAGAAAGGGCGCUGCCGAGCUUUUCGGCGAGAGUAUCAAGAUGGGGGUGCGGUUUGGCGACGCCGACUCUCGCCGCUCCGUCACGGUGCGGGUGGGCGAGCGCGACGCAGAGCAGCUGCUGUUUGGACCGGAGGACACCAUCUCCGGCACCGUGCACGUCGACUCGCCGAGCGGUCGGCGCAUCGAGCACCAGGGCAUCCGCCUCGAGCUCAUCGGCCAGAUCGAGUCGGUGCUCGACCGCACGGUCACCGAGUUCACCUCGCUCGUGAGGGAGCUGGCGGAGCCGGGCGAGUUACUGGGGCGGGCCGAGUUCCCGUUUGAGUUUGCCGACGUCGAGAAGCCGUACGAGUCGUACGACGGCAUCCACAUGCGGCUGCGCUACUUUUUGCGGCUGACCGUCGCUAAGGCGUAUGGCGCAAAGGCGGUGCACGAGGAGACGUUCCGCGUGUACACGACCACGCCCGUGGACGAGUCGGAGAGCAACAACGCCAUCAAGAUGGAGGUUGGGAUUGAGGACUGCCUGCACAUUGAGUUUGAGUACAACAAGUCCCGCUACCACUUGCGCGAGGUCGUCCUCGGCAAAAUCUUCUUCCUCCUCGUGCGGAUACGGAUCAAGCACAUGGAGCUCGCCAUCAUCAAGCGCGAGUCGUCGGGCGUCGGCGCGAACGCCUACACCGAGUCGGACACCGUCGCAAAGUAUGAGAUCAUGGACGGCGCACCUGUGCGCGGCGAGGCGAUCCCGAUCCGCCUCUUUCUUUCCGGCUUCGACCAGCUGACGCCCACGUUCCGCAACGUCAACAACAAAUUCUCGGUGCGCUACUUCCUCAAUCUGGUUCUGGUGGACGAGGAGGACCGCAGGUACUUUAAGCAGCAGGAGGUCUUCUUCUACCGCAAGGGGCCGUAGCUCCGCGGCUGCGCACCGUGCAGUUCACGGGGGCGCGGCACUGGCGCCGCUGUGUGCGCUCAGAGCGAUUGAGCCACCGCCGCGUCCAUGUACACCGGUCUGCUUAGCUCCGAGCGGCGCCGCCUCUCUGUCGUCUGGCCCGCCUGGGCUGCUCUACCCUCUAUAGUGGAAAAAAGGUAAAAGGUGACAU